AUGGAAAAAGAAAUGUUUUUAAGAGAAGUGUUACACGACAGACAAGAUGAUGAUAAGAUACAGAAAAUUCUUCUUCUACAACGUCUGAUUCGUGCGUAUUAUGUUCGUCGACAAUUUCAACAAGUGCGAACUGAAUAUUUGAAAACACUAAGUGACAUUGAAGGUGAAAUUUCAAUAAAACCAAUUGAAAUUAUUCCAACUAAACAGGAAUCACGAAAAAAAGAAAUAGUUGUUAAUCAUCCAACAAAAGAUGAAUUAUUAAGAAAACGACAAGAAAUAGCCAUUGAACUUCUAUGGAUUGAGCAAGCGAUUCAAAGUCGAAAAGAUUAUCUGCGUUUAAAGCCUCGCUAUUUGACUCCUUCUUCUUAG